AUGGAUUCCAUGAUUCACAAGCCCUCUUAUCCAUGGUCCUCAAACCCCAGCUUCGGGCUAUUUGGCCAUGGUUCUGGGGCAUGGUCAUCUAGGGCUGGAGGCCUCUUGAACUUCCAAUCCACUAUUUAUAGGCUCAACCUGGAGGGCCUUCAUGCUAAUGCUCCCCGUGGAAUAUUAGGGCUUCCAGGAACUAGCAGCUCUCCAAGGUUUGAUCAAGAAAUCGGUGAUGUUCGCAACUUUGGUGGUCCGAGUUCGAAUUUUGGAAUAAACAGGCCAAUCCUUAGUGAUCUUAUUUGCCGCGAGCCUCCAACAUCCGAAACCGAUGCUGCUGGCCUAGAUUUGUCUCUUAAGCUUUAG